AAAACGUUUUUUUUCUCUUGAAAUGACGCGGUUUUCGGUCCUUGAUGUUGAUGUGAUCCCACACCACUGCCUCGUCAUUGGACCUCCGCUAAAGUCCGAGACACUGCCAAAUAGUCCAACAAAAUUACAAAACGACAGCCCGUAGCGAGCGCAUCCACUCAUCAUCGCUUUAUCGCUUCUUCUGGUGAAAGCAUCAUCCUCUGUGUGCCGCCAUCCCGAUCCAUCUAUGGCGACCCCGACCGUCGUCUUGCUGCCGGUCUGGGGCGCCGGCCACCUCAUGCCAAUGCUAGAAGCCGGCAAGCGGCUGCUCGCUAGCAGCGGCGGGCGCGCGCUCUCGGUCACCGUGCUCGUCAUGCGGCCGCCGACGGAGCAGCAGGCGUCCGAGGUCGAGGGCCACAUACGCCGCGCGGAGGAGGCGGCCGCCGGCCUCGACGUCCGCUUCCACCGCCUCCCUGCCGUCGAGCCCCCGACGGACCACGAGGGCCCCGUGGAGUUCAUCUCCCGGACCGUGGAGCUGCACGAGCCCCACGUAAGGGCGGCCAUCUCCGGCUUGCUGCCGGCGAGCCCCGUGGCGGCGCUGGUCCUCGACCUCUUCUGCACGCCGUUCAUCGACGUCGCCCGCGAGCUCGCCGUGCCGGCGUACAUCUACUUCACCUGCAACGCCGCGGCGCUCUCCUUCUUCCUGCGCCUGCCGGCGCUCUGCGAGGAGGUGGCGGGCGAGUUCGAGGACAUGGACGGCGCGGCGGACAUACCCGGGCUGCCGCCGGUGCCACCGCUCUCGCUCCCGACGCCGGUCAUGGAGAGGACGAAGCCGGAAUGCGCGUGGUACGCGUACCACGGCAGGCGGUUCGCGGAUGCCGACGGCAUCGUCGUGAACACGGCCGCCGAACUCGAGCAGGGCGUCCUCUCCGCCAUCGCCGACGGCCGGUGCGCGCGCGGGGGCCGGCCUCCUCCGACGCUCUACCCCAUCGGCCCGGUGAUCUCGUUCCCUCCGCCCACCGCGCCGCCGCCGCACGACUGCGUGCGGUGGCUGGAGACGCAGCCGCCGGCGUCCGUGGCGUUCCUCUGCUUCGGGAGCGGCGGGUUCUUCACGGCGGCGCAGGCGCACGAGGUCGCCGGCGGCCUGGAGCGCAGCGGGCACCGGUUCCUCUGGGUGCUGCGUGGCCCGCCGGCGCCCGGCUCACGGCAGCCCACGGACGCCGACCUCGCCGAGCUGCUCCCGGAGGGCUUCGUCGAGAGGACGAGGGGCAGAGGCCUGGUGUGGCCGACGGCGGUGCCGCAGAAGGAGAUCCUGGCGCACGCCGCCGUGGGCGGGUUCGUGACGCACUGCGGGUGGAACUCGAUGCUGGAGAGCCUCUGGUUCGGCGCGCCUAUGGCGGCGUGGCCGCUGUACGCCGAGCAGCACCUGAACGCGUUCGCGCUGGUGGCGGCCAUGGGCGCCGCCGUGGCCGUGGAGGUGGACAGGGCGAGGGGCAACUUCGUGGAGGCGGCGGAGGUGGAGCGCGCGGUGAGGGAGCUGAUGGGUGGCGGCGAGGAGGCGGGGAGGAGGGUGAGGGAGAAGGCCGCCGAGAUGAAGGCGGCGUGCCGGAACGCCGUCGGGGACGGCGGGUCGUCGACCGCUACGCUGAAGAGACUCGCGAACGAUAUAUGUCAGCAACUGCGCCGUGAUCCGGCGAAGUGAUGACUGAUGACUCCUCCGUAGUUGACUACCGACCGUAAAUGAGCCCAGCUCUCAUGGUUGUAUAAGCUUGUCUAGAACUCGCUUUUCUGGCGGGAUAAGUUUGCUGUCUGAAGAAUUUGCUAUCUGAAUAGACUGGGUGUUUGACAAUCUUAAUUAUUACGUGUCGAUUAUCUAUCCUGACUAAUAAAAUGACUUGAAUGCCCUUGAGGCUGAUAA